UGUAUAUCUAUUAUUUUUUGGAAUGGUAUUAUUUCUCUAAGUUGAAACGGAAUAAUUACAAAACAAUAUAUUUGAACUUUUCCAGGGAAAGCCUUUCAAUAUGAGCAAAAAUUGGUUUUGUAACAGAGGUCUAUCACCUAUCACACAGCAUCCAAGAGAUGAAGAAAAAGAUAAGACUUCUGAAACAGUGAUUACUGAUUCACGUAAGGUGUCAUCUGUGGUUAAACAAAACAGCGACCACAGUGACUGCAACUCGGUAAUAUCUUCUACAUCCCCCAAGAUAUGCUGUACACCCCCAUCAUCAUCAAUAUCCGGUUUAUCAGAAAAUGUUCAUUGCAGUAACUUGUGCAAGGACUCUGAGUACAACGUUACCUCGAAUAACGAGAGCAUAGUGGAAGAUCCAGACCACCAAAGUGAAUCUAGCUCGUUCAUAUCUCUUACUUCGCCUAAUAUAUGCUGCACACCACCAUCAUCUUCUGUAAUUUCUGAUGCAGAAGAUGAAGAUUAUAGUCCCCACACUAGUGAAGAGGCUGAGGACGAGGAACUGGACAGGAGCGAUGAGGCCAGAGACAACUUACAUUCGGCAAGUGUCAAGAAGAAUGUUACUAUACAUGCAAAAGCUGAAUCAAUUCCCACCGCAGAAUGUGAUCAGUCUGCACCCAGUCAGUCUGGUUCUUCAUCAGUGAAUACUGGACUGUCAGGAAAGAAGAAAAAAGUUACAGUUUUCUGUUGUUUUUGUGAAUGUGAGGUUUUUCAUUUUCCACGUCAUUUGAAAAGAAACCAUACGAAUGAAAUUGAGGUACAAGAAUUUCUAGCUUUACCUGUUUUAAGCCGUAAAAGGCAACAACUGCUUUUUGCUCUAAGGAAAAAGGGUAAAUUUAUCAACUCUACGCCUUUGAGGGGAGAGGGGAUAAAACCUGUUAGAAAAGGUGCGGAAAAAACGGAAUAUCUUCCAUGCAUCCACUGUAUGGGUUACUAUUCUGCAAAGAACUUAUGGCGUCAUCGCAAACAAUGUGAUGCAAACCCGGAGAAGGGAUCGUCGGGCAAACGAUCACAGGCUUUAGGACAAACUCUGUUAUUGGGUAAUAUAAAGGUAGAUAUUGAGCUCAAAGUAAAAGUAUUUCCUCGCAUGAGACCUGACAAAGUUUCAUUGGUUGCGAAAAAUGAUAAAUUAAUAUGUGCGUUUGCUUCCCGAUAUCUGAAACUCCAUAGGGAGCUACAUUUUGUCCAAGUCGUUUCUAGGAAAAUGAGAGAAUUGGCUCGACUUCUAAUGGAGAUAAAAAAAUUAGAUUUGUCUGUGGUUACCCUAUUUGAUGCUCUAAAACCACACAAAUAUGACAUACUUGUGAAAGCAACUAAAUUAACAUCAGGAUAUGAUGACGAAAGCCAAACUUAUAAAUCCCCCACAUAUGCUAUGAACAUGGGUACAACCUUAAAACAAUGUUGCGAUGUGGCUCUUUUACACGUUCUAAAAAAAUCUAAGUCACUGCCAACAGUAGAUAAUGCAAACGUUGAGGCAGAUAUAAAAACAUGCAUCCAACUCAUAGAGGCAAAUUGGCGAUUCGAUAUUUCAACCAAUGCUGCUAAUGACCUCAACCUAAAAAAAUGGAAUAAGGUCACUUUGGUACCGUUAGCUACUGAUCUCAAACUAUUGAAGGAUUACCUCAUGAAAGUAGCUGCAAAUCAGGUAUCAAUGCUACAAAAAAAUCCAAGCAAUGAAAAAGCAUACACGUCUUUACUCGAGACAGUUUAUUGUAGGUUGCUUUUAUUAAAUAGGAGGCGGCCUGGAGAACUACAACGACUUCCCAUACAUGUUUACAAAUCCGCUAUAUCUGAGGAACACAAUCAAGCCUAUGAGGAGUUUUCAGAAGCAAUAACAGAAACCGAGAGAAUUCUAAUGAGAUCUUUCAAACGAAUAGUAAUCCGUGGAAAAAGAGGCAGAGGUGUUCCAGUUCUUAUAAGCAAGGAUGUACAGGAUCACUUGAAUCUAAUACUAGAGUGUAGAGAUAAUAUUCAGACGGUGUCGAACAUAUAUCUUUUCGGUAAACCUAACUCCCAAGAACCCAUUAUUGGUUACAAGGUAAUCAAAAAGUAUGCGUCGUUAUGUCAAGCGAAAAAUCCGCAUGCUCUGACUAGCACCCGUCUGAGAAAGCACUUGGCAACCUUGACUCAAUUGUUCAACAUGUCAGAAAAUGACAUGGAACAACUCGCAUCUUUUAUGGGACAUACACUAGGUAUCCACCGUGCAUCAUACCGAUUACCAGAUGACGUCUACCAAACGGCUAGACUCUCCAAGAUUUUGACGUUGAUGGAGAAGGGCGAGGCAGGUCAUUUCAAAGGAAAAUCCCUGGACGAAAUUAAUUUGAAUCUAGACGAGAAUUUGAUAUCAGAAGCGCAGCAGGAUGAUAACCACCCAGAGCCUCUAUGCCAAUAUGAAGAUAUCCAAGAACCGCAUCCAGAUCCGGAAUCUCAGCAAGUGGAUAUAACGUUACCAAAGAAAAAGUCCAGGGUUCUAGUUCCUUGGACUGAAGAUCAGAAAAAUUUAGUCUUGGUUCACUUUGGAAAUCACAUUAAAUCUAAGAGGGCCCCAAAAAAGGCUGAAUGCGAUAACCUCAUCGCAAGUCAUACUGAAUUAUUACAUAAUAAGGACUGGCUAAAAAUCAAAGUUUUCAUCCAGAACCAGUACCGAAAGAAAAAAUGA